AUGACUGGAAGAUUGCACAUUGGUGGUAAGCACGUAGCUGAAAAUGUAAACGAGAAUGUGGCAAUUGAAGGCUAUUUAACCAAGCUAAGCAGUGAUGGUAAAAAUGUCGAAUUGAAGACAUUCGACGAGACUAAAAUUAAUGUCGCCUUGAAUAGCCCGUACUCUGAUGAAGUAUCUGGUAUUAUGCAGGUCUUUGGGACAGUUACUUCCAAAUCAACAAUUGCUGCAGAUACUUAUUGCCGCUUUGCACCUGAGGAAGAUGAAGAAGCAUUUGAUCCUGAAGACCACAACGAUUUUAUGAACGUACUGAAAGUUAUUAAUUGCCAAGAUGUUGGAGGAAAAUGUAGUCUCAUUUCAGAUAAAGGAAAUGAUAGCAUCAUGCACACAGAUGAUAACUGA